AUGGCCACAGCAUUUGGAAGAGGGGCUCAGACAAUGAACUCCAUGUUCUUCAAACCGAUUGGGCGAAAGGGCUUCCACAGGAAAAGCUCUUCUCCAGAUAUGAUAAGGGAGAGAGUUGAAACAGAAAGCAAGGAAAUGAAGAGCAAUAAGAGCCAUGUGGGGGGUGAGGCAACUCCUUGGGUGCUUGAUGGGCGAACUGGAAUUUAUUACCCGAAAGGUCACGAGAAGGUGCUCGAGAGCAUUCCCGAUGGCGGUGGGGCUGCAGUUAACACCCAGGUCAAUUGGUUUAAUGAUGAAAACAUUUAAAAGGGUGUUUAACAUAGGCAUGUUGCUGCAUCCAGAUUACCUUAUUACUUUUGAAUUCACAAAAGGCAAACAGACCCAGGCCCUUUUAUUGUUAAACCGAUGAAAUACCAAACCAAUAUCCAUUUAGAAAGCAAUUGUAUCAACUAACCUCAAUAAGUCCAAUUUAGAGGUAAAUACCAAAAUUCACAAGUCAACAACAAGCACAGAAAAUUUCAGAAGACUUGUGGUUGUGUUUGUUA